UUUCUCCUGGGGGGAACAAACACAAGUGUAGAGACAUAAUCCCCACACCCAAGCUGUGGGUUCAUUGCUCAGAAUCUCCCCUCCCUGGGGGUUCCCCCAGUAACCCAGAGGAUCCCCAGGUAUUAUUUUCACCUACUCUGCAGCUAGGGGUUAGAAUUCACAGUCUUCUAGUCAACUGGGAAAACAGACAUAUUGGUAACUGACCCCUGCUGUCCCCUAAGGGAUCUCUAAAUCUCCCUGCUUCUACUUCCCCAUCAGGAGGGGUCUCAAAUAUGGUCUCCCUCCCCUCCCCACCAGCUUAGGGAACAGGCAUUAGGAUCAUCUCUCUAGGAGAGAAUGUACUCCCUAAGCUGUGAGGUAUGGAAUUCAGAUUGCCUCCUUCUCCUGUCUUCUCCCCCAGUGACCUAAGUGGGGUACCAGAUGUCAUCCCCCCCCCCACAGUGCCUAGGUUAUUCUCCAACCACAGUUUGUAGAGCUCAGCAUACCACCUAAGAGUUGAGUCAGGGGCCCUUCUUUCUACAAUCUGUCACCUCCAAUUUGGGUGAGAGGAGGGCAGGAAUUUGGGCCAUGUGCUCAGGACACUGGAACUCUGACACCACCCUUUUCCCAGGAGGGGGGGGCAAUUAAAGGGGUUGGAACCUAGGACUCCCUCUUUCACAGGAUCCCCACAAGAGUUCAGGAUGGACAGAGGGGCAGAGCCAUGGGAUUGGGCACUGGAGACCUAGUUUGGGGUCCCAUGACUUUCAUCCAGGUUCAGGGCUGAGAAGGGAGGGUCCCACCAUGUCCCACCCAGGGUCCUUCUAUACCACAUCCUGACUGGGCAAGUGAGAAGUCUUUCUGCAGAGUCGGGGAAAGAUCCAUGAGUGUGUUUAGGAAUCCUGUCCCUGAAGCAGUCAGCAGUUUCACACCUGGGAUGCGUCGCUCAGUCCUAGUCAGGAACCCAGGCCACAAGAGCCUGAGGCCUGUUUAUGAAGAGCUUGACUCUGACAAAGAGGACCUGGACCCAGUUUCUGAAGACCCAGAGCCUGAUCCAGAAGACCUCAACACUGUCUCAGAAGAUGUGGACCCCAACUAUGAAGAUCUGGACCCUGUCCCAGAGGAUCUGGGUCCCGAUGUGCAAGCUCCAGGCUCCAUCUUGGGGAACCAAGAUUCCGAUCCCCAAGAUUUGGACCCCAUGUCUUCAAAUUUCGACCUCGAUCCAGAUGUUAUUGGCCCUGUACCCUUGGUUCUCGACCCUGACAGCGACACCCUAAGCCCCACCGCACCAGACGUGGACCCCCUUUCCUCCAGCCUCACUGCCACCCCCCAAGUCCUGGCCACCAGCCCCGAGGUGCUCCCUCCCCCAGCCAGCCCGCCCCGGCCCUUCUCCUGCCCCGAUUGCGGGCGAGCCUUCCGCCGAAGCUCCGGGCUGAGCCAGCACCGUCGCACCCACAGCGGCGAGAAGCCCUACCGCUGCCCCGACUGCGGCAAGUCCUUCAGCCACGGCGCCACCCUGGCUCAGCAUCGUGGCAUCCACACCGGGGCGCGGCCCUACCAGUGCGCUGCCUGCGGCAAAGCCUUCGGCUGGCGCUCCACGCUGCUGAAGCACCGCAGCAGCCACAGUGGUGAGAAGCCGCACCACUGCCCCGUUUGUGGCAAAGCCUUUGGCCACGGCUCGCUGCUGGCGCAGCACCUGCGCACACACGGUGGCCCGCGGCCGCACAAGUGCCCAGUUUGCGCCAAAGGCUUCGGGCAGGGCUCCGCGCUGCUGAAGCACCUGCGCACGCACACCGGCGAGCGACCCUACCCCUGCCCGCAGUGCGGCAAGGCCUUCGGGCAGAGCUCAGCGCUGCUGCAGCACCAGCGCACACACACCGCUGAGCGCCCCUACCGCUGUCCCCACUGUGGCAAGGCCUUUGGGCAGAGCUCCAACUUGCAGCACCACCUGCGCAUCCACACCGGCGAGCGUCCCUACGCCUGCCCGCACUGCUCCAAGGCCUUUGGGCAGAGCUCGGCGCUGCUGCAGCACCUCCACGUGCAUUCUGGCGAGCGCCCCUACCGCUGCCAGCUCUGUGGCAAGGCUUUUGGCCAAGCCUCGAGCCUCACCAAGCACAAGCGGGUGCACGAGGGCGCCGCAGCUGCUGCCGCCGCCGCCGCCGCAGCAGCGGCCGCCGCCGCUGGCCUGAGCCUGGGGCCUGGCUUGAGCCCUGCGUCCGUGAUGAGGCCUGGGCAAGUCUCCUUCCUGGGUCCUGAUGCUGUGUCUGUGCUGGGUUCUGGCCUGGGUCUCAGUCCUGGCCCCAGCUCUGGCCGCAGCCCUGACCCUGGCUCUGCUCUGGGCUCCCUUUCCAAUCCCAGCCCUCAACCUCUCUCUGGCUCCACAUCCACCCCCAGCCCUGAGCCUGUUGAAUGUUCUGACCCUAAGCCUAGUGAUGAUGAUGACCCUGACCUUGUGCCCAGCCCUGACCCCAACCCUGACUCCCACCCUGAUCCCUGCUCUCCUAUCCGUGACACUGUCAGCCCAGCCCUCCCUACUGGUGAGAGUCCAGAGUGGGUAAAGGAGCAAGGGGCACUACUGGGGCCUGAUGGCUGAAGGGGACACCAGCACCACAGGCCUGGGGAAGUUGUGUGUUGUGCAGUUAGUAAAAUCCUCCCACUGCC